GGUAAAAACAAUGGGAUGCAGAACUAGAAAUGCUGACAUAACAUUUUUUUUUAAAAAUGCAUGUAGGUUAAUUAAACAUUUUGUAUUGCAUUUCAUUAUGCUGCCCUUCAGCCAAUGCAAGUGUAAAAUACAUUUUAAAUGGCAUUUCAGAAGUGGUAUACACAUAUCCACUGGGCACUGCAUUUUCUAAUAUCCAUUAGAAACUGCAGUGCCCAGGCAGACCUCAUUUAACCAAGGCAUAAGAGAAUUCCCUUGCAAAAUUUCAACAGAAAUAAUGUUUGCAGGCUGGCAAAAUGUGUCAGGUUAAGCUAUAGAUUGCUUAGUACCUCCAGGAGUCCUGCCGUUUACAGUCAAUCUAAUUUUGGAGAACGUUUCCCUUAAAAAAGAAUAGUCUGGUUUUGAAAAACAAGCUACUUGAACACACACAAAAUAAAUUCUGCAACAUUGAGAUAAGCUUGUGGUGGCUUACUUAGGAAAAUAAAAAGUAUCCCUUACUUAAAAGGAGAAAGAUUGUAGCUGGAAGCAAAGGCAUUGCCAUGGCGACCUAGUGCAGGGGGUGGCAGUGUGCCAAGCCUAGCGCUUCCCUCUUUAUAGUGAGGGAUUGCACUUCAAGCUGUUAUUGCUGACCUGUCCUCCCCCGGUAGAUAAUAAUUUACCAAGACAUGCAGUAUAACUAAACCCAUAAAGUUAAAGCUUGCAGGUCAGUGUUGACUGAUCACACGCCCAAGCAAGUGUGCCAAAGUUCUCUCAUGCACUGAGGCAGUUUCUGAAGAUACUCAUAAGUAAGAAGUGCCUACGACGGGACACUGUGUUGUAGCUGAAUGUCUUACAAAGGUCACCCUGCAUAAGGGCAUCUACUAAGAAAUACCCACAACCCUGCGGUCAAGAGUCCAGAGCCCUAACCACUACUCCACACUGCUGUCCCCAGUUCGAGUAGUUCCAUUUAAGGGCAGCUCAUGACAAUAUAGAUCAAGAUAUUUUUGCCGCUCUGUAUGUGAAGAGGCCCUAGUGCCUGUCAUUUAUCAUCUUAUCAUCAGGUUAGUUUUGGGAACACGAUGACAACCAAGCAGCUCCCCUUAUCGCAGGAAACUCUGGCGCAGUUUAACCAGGCUUUGGCUGCAGAGAGUGGUGGUGUCCUGCGGACUCAGGCAGGCUCCAUUUCUACUCGGCGUAGCUCUCAAUCUGUGGAUCUUCACCACCCCAAGCACCUAAUGCACCUCAAGAGUGUGGAGGGAUCCCUUUCUGUCAUUCCCUCCCGCCGCAGCUCAGUCUUCAGCAACCUCAACCUCACCCGCAAGGAGUCCUUAUCUCUGGGCAAGCGGCUCUCGCUGGGACCCUGGAUGCACAGUGGCCGGGUCAGCUUCUCUGGCCUGCCACUGUACCAGCCUGUCCAGGAGACUCUGUUCGAGAACACCUACAAAACCCAUCCAGAUGAGGGUUUCCGUUUUGAUGCCUGUAAGGUCCAGUGCCUCCUGGAGGCCACACUAGCUGGCUUUCUGAGCGACACGCGGUACAACCCAGUUACCUGCGGACAAGUGACCCAGAACCUUUCUGAUCUCAUCCGUAGCAAAGCCAAAGACCUUAACCCGGCCCGCUAUAAACUGGUCUGCCAUGUCAUCCUAGGACAGCUCAACAACCAAGGCUUAAGGGUUGCCAGUCGCUGUCUGUGGGACUCAGACAAAGAUAACUUUGCUAUUGCUACCUUUCAAAAUGCCUCACUCUUUGCCGUGGCUAUGGUCCAUGGAUUGUAUUGUGAGUGAGAGCUAAAAAGUGUUGGCUUUUCCCCUAAGAAACAGAUUAUAGGGAAUCAUUUUGUUGGCCUCCAUAUUCUAAACCCGAGCAAUCUGGAUUCUGAUAUUUUGCCAGUGUGUAAAACAAUGUAAAAAUCAGUAUGUUUGUUUGUCUUUCUGUAUCAAUAGGAAUAUAUUCCAAGUUGGACUUCAUAUAAGGAAUUUAGCCUUUAGUCUUCUGACUCUCCCUUCCCUUCCAAAAGCUCCAUAAUUCAUUCUGAAAGGUUUCCUACCCUGUCAGCUGUUGUAAUCUUUAAACCAUCAGAAUGGUCUAAGGCUGCAGUGAAUAUGACAAACAGGAUGCUUGGUGCAUAGAAUACAAAUCAAUAGAGCUAAUAUUAUCAAUUAAUGCACUGGAUGUAGGAUGUAGUUGCCUUUUCUGUGGCAAAGCAAUUAAGACAAAACCAGGUCUUGAGGAUCUAAUGAAAGUUUAAAGUGUUUUUGUUUCGUUCCACAUAUAAGUUAAUCAUAAAGAAGGGUCCUUUUCAUGUCCUAAAAAUUCUCAUCUUCAUACAGGUUUCAGUUUGAAUGUCUCUGGGCUGAGAAAUUAAAUUAACUGAUUAAAUCAGCCGGAGCCUGUCAAAAGCAGGAAAUUGGGCGAUUACUGUAAAUCAGGUGUAUUUCGGUGCUACUAUAAUGAAACUGAUGUGUUAAAUCAUGUUUUCUGAUUGUAUCUUCAUAAAACAUAGCUUUGUGAGUUAUAGGUCUAUUCUUUUUACAGUUUUGUAUUAUAUGCUUUUUUAUAUAUAUAGUAGAUUUUACAACAAGUAGGAAUUUUUUUAUUGUUUGCAACACUUGUAGUCACGUAUGUUGACAGCACAAUCACUUCACGUGCAGAUAAAAUGCAUAUUAGUAUUGGGCACAGAGAGUGCACACAGUAGUUCAUGUGCAGACUGUGCUGAGAUUCAAUUGAAUGAUUGAUUAGCAAUUGAGUCUCGGUACAGCUGCAUAAAAGAGUCAGUGUUUCACGCACACAGGGUUGGGUGUUUGGUGAGGAAAGAACGAGAGUCGGGAGGUACAGAAAGAAUCACAAUUGCUAUUCAUGCCAACUUUAAAUCAGUAAGUUACUUGUUUUUGGUUUGUCUCACUGUGUUUGUUUAGGCCAACAUGCCUUUUAUUUUUGGUGUCCCAGUGUUUUGUUUUGUUCAAAUCUUUUAUUUAUAAUAAACCGGCACAACAGGAUAUGUCAUUGCCGACCGUGACCCGGGGUUCCUAGGGGGCGGUGCACAAUUGACCGAGCACCGCCCAGGUAGGGAGUGCUUAGGUCGACAGGGCAAUCCAUGGUUCACCACGCACCAGCGACCCCUGUGGUUGAUGGAGCGCCCUCGGGUCUGCAGUGUAGUCAUUCAGAUGUGUGUUGUCCUCCGGCACUAUAGGUCUGGUGGCUUCGCUGUGGAUCCGCAGUGCGGAAAAUGACGGAUUAGCAGGAACACGUUUCGGAGGACGCGUGUUUCAGCCUCUGUUUCCCAAGUCGCUGGGUGGUUGCGGCGGUGAACCGGGAUAAAAAUAAUAAUUGGGCAUUCCAAAUUGGGGAGAAAACCAGGGUAAAAAUGACUGGCGAUAACUCUAUCUAUAUUUAAAAAAAAAAAAAGGGGGGGGGGGGGGUUAUUUAAGUAAUCAACAGUUGGACACACACUUCAGCUUGGUUUUCCCACUUCAAUCCUUUGAAGCAUUCCUAUAUUGGCAUUGUACCCAUUAAAUAAAAGAGGUGUGACAUUUUAAAGAUCACUGUUCUUGAGACCCUCUUAGUCACUCCAUAUCAUUCUGCAGCCAACUUCCAAUUAUUCCCUUUCUGAGAUGUAAUAUGCUUUGCAUUAACCUAGCUAGUUAUAUAAAAAUUUAAUUAAAAAAAAAUUAAAUUCACAGCAAUACUAGGCACAUGUUCUACUAGGAAUAUAAAUACCACACUAGAACCAAAGUCAUUGUAUUUUUGUCUUGCUCUUAAUUGUAUUAUUACUUUUACUGUGAUUCUUGAAAUGUAUUUUUGUUCACGACUAAGUCGCCCUGGAUAAGUGUGUCUGCUAAGAAAUAAAUAGAGGUGAUUGUAUCAUGACAGUAGUUAAUUACCUACAGAGCAGUAUAUUUGAAUAGGACCAUGCACAUGCUUCAAGAUCUUGUCUUCAAUAGCCUUUCUAAUGUUGUGUUCAUACUACUUUUAUUUAUUAAUAUAGUGCUCAUGUAACAUUUCAGGAUACACACACUUGUAUAGUUAUAUCACACAAAAUAAACAGUUCAUGUUCAACACUUAAUAAAAAUCAAAGCAAGUGCAGAGAUUUCAAACUUUAUUUAACAAAAAAAAAAAAAAAAAGUGGUCAUAAUUAAAGAAACAGUUUGACCUGGUGUUGACAGUUACACAAAAGACAUACAUAAUAAAUAAGUAAUUUCAUAAAUAAAAAUAUAAAUUAUAAAUUUACUACAUAAAAAAAAAAACAAAAAAAAAAAACCUACACACACACACA